CUAUGGUAAUGGUUAACCAGAUAAUUCAUUUAGGGGUGGGAAUAGAAAACAGUCAGAAGUUACUCUGUCGUCUUUUCUGAGCUCACCCGCCUUCAAUGAGCUGAAUUCAUUCAUAGUGGGAGUCAGAAUGGAGGAGACGCUGCAACUAGACAAACAAGAGUCGGAAUAUAAAAAUCCAAAUGACGACCAAGGAGGGAUCCGUCGCCGGUUGAGGGACAGGGAUCUUCUCAGGAAGAGAAAGGCUGAAGCAGAGGAGAAGGAAACUAACCAGUGGGUUUUUGGGGUGGAGAGUCAGAGGAAAAGAUCAAGAGCUGACGACAAGAGUGGCACAAAGAAGAGAGGGAGGCCCAGGAAGUCUGAGCCCACGCCGGAGUUAUCUGUCAUCCAGGAGGAGGCGGUGGCAGUUCAGGAUGCUCCUGCAGUGGUGGUGGUUCCUGAACCCAUGGGGAUCCUCUCAGACCAGACCUCAGCCUCUCUGACCCCCCUAUUCUCUGUGGGCAGUGACACACUGGAGUCACAGCCAGCCUCUGUCCUCGCUGUGCCCCCUGAGAUCGGAUCAGUCCAGACCUCUGUCCCUGCUCCUGGUCUGAGCUCUCCAGUUAACCAGACUCCAGCUCUGGUUCCACUGUCAGUUCCUGGUCCAUCUCCUCCUAGUGUUCUAGAUACAGCUCAGAUCCCCGCCCAAGAUCCAGAUCCAGUCCCGGCUCUGUUCCAGGCCCCUGUUCCAGCUGCAGCUCCUUCCCUGGUGGAGACCCUCUACACAGAGUCACAGGGCAGACAGGCGCUAGACCAGGUCCUGAUAGAGGACUUGGGCCCAGAAGAGGAAGAGGACAUCUCUAGAUCACAAGACAACAGAGCUGAUGAAGAUCUGACUGAGAUGCCAUUGAUCAAUGUGCCUGAACAAAACAAAAUGUUCUCAGUUCCAACUUUGUCCUCUCCACCUCCGCCACAAGAAUAUCUCCCAGGAAAUUAAUUCUAAUGUUAUUAAAAUACACUUUUUAGAUACUGCCUCAGUUCAGAACAUGCAGAGCCUCUGUCAUAGUGUGUAUCUGAGGAUAAUGUUGGUUAGUGUUGCAGCCUGUUAGCUGAAGAGAAACAAACAUGGAUGCAUAGCUUAUUUGAAACAUGUUAUGAAUUCAAACCAAACCUGUACGCUUAUUUAUUCUUGGUUUGUGCUUCACUGCAAAGUUCAUGAAUUUUAUUUUGUACUUUGCAUUUAGUCAACAGCACAUUUUACCUGCUUUUAUUUAAAGUAAAUGAUAUAAAUCUCUGGUAGUGAUGUAUUUUUAAUUGUGGAUUUAUCUGAUUGAAUUUUGUAAAAGUUGUUUUUCACCUGAUAAAAUAAACUGCUUCAACCAUC